GUAUUGCCUACGGUUUCGUCCUUCGUAGCGAUACAGUUACGGAUGAGCCCGCAAAACUAACUCUAAUGGCCAUAUAAAGUGCGAGUAUUCCGAGGUUGACAAUGGUCAACAUGGCAAGCACAUCUGCCACAUAUCGUUCCCUUGUCGCAGACGUAGGCUCAGCCUUGAAAUCUUUCCAAGCUUCGAGCUCAAAGUUCAGGCUCUUGAAGUCCGUGGACCCAUCAGAGCUCAAACCGCAUGACUUGAAGCGUCUGUCUGACGAUCAAGCUCCGAGGACACUCUUCAUCUUGGACUCAUCGUUCAACCCACCUUCAAUAGCUCACCAAUCGCUGGUGUUGUCAGCGUUUCGCAGAUCAUCCAGUAGUGCGUUUUCGAAACCUUUCCGGCUGUUACUGCUGUUCGCAACCAUGAACGCAGAUAAGGCACCAUCAGCGGCCUCCUUCGAUCAGCGCCUGACAUUGAUGACUAUCUUCGCCGCGGACCUUGUGCGAACGCUGCAGGCACAGUCCGAAGAGUACUUUUGUGUCCCCGUCGACAUUGGCGUGACGACAGUGCCUUACUACACGGACAAGUCUGCAGCGAUAGAAACGGAAGGUCAAGAAUGGUACGCCGUCAAGCCAAAGCACAUUCAUCUGGUGGGGUUUGACACACUCACCCGCUUCUUCGCUGCAAAGUACUACAAGAACUUCGACCCGCCGUUCUCAGCACUGAGUCCUUACUUUGAUAGUGGUCAUCGCUUGCGGGUUACGCUCAGACCGGACGAGCAGUACGGCUCUGUCGACGAGCAAAGGGCGUUCCUGGAGCGUCUUGGAAACGGUGAAAUGGAGAAGGAUGGAGGCAAACGGGAUUGGGCAAAGCAAGUAGAGCUGGUGCCUCCCAACCCAAAAGCCGGUGUGAGCAGCACUCGCAUUAGGAAGGCCGCUCAUCGCGGCGAUUGGGACGAAGUUGAUCAACUCUGCACUCCAGGUGUGGCAGCCUGGGUGAAGUCCGAAAACUUGUACAAAGAGGACGAGCGGGGAGCUAAGAUGGCCUGAUGCGUGUCGCCUGGCAUCUUUCGAUCACUUCCUCUGGUAUCGUACAGCGGUAUGUCUUAGUCGUACAAGGCAUUAUGCCGUUCUAUAUAUAUCAGUGGGCUGAGAUUACUCACUUGACGCCUUACGCUUCCUUCCGGUCACAGACAUCCCACACCCAUGGAACGCUAAAAGAGUAGAAGUCGAAUCAUCUAUGCAUUUGGUGGGAGACCCUUCAACCAGCCUCGGCUGCGCAGCCACUUUGCAAUGCCAGGCGUGAUCGCGACGGUCAACGGGAAGCGGAAGAAGACAAGCGACUUGUGCACGGCGUAAGAUAGAGCGAGUUGCGUGGCCAAACUGGCUCCAUGAUGUUUAUGUUCCUGCUCCGUGACAGCUUCGGCAGUCUGCCUUGCUUCAUCCACAGGGCCUUCGGCGCCAGCGGGUACCGCGGCCUU